GGAGAAUGCUACAUGGUUAUACCGUAGACCGCUCGUUACUAUGUCUUUUAACGCAUUUUUAGGUACGAGGAUACAAGGCUCACUGGUGCCUAUAAUUUCGAGACUGUCAAUACAGUUUAGGCCGACACAACGGAAGGUACAAGAGUUUGCACUCACGUCGCGACGGGGUUUCUGGGUUGGAUCUCAAGUACAAUUGUCACCAAAAAUGCAAGAACAUCACUUGGACAGAUCAGACGUGGAAUCUUUUACCAUUCCUGGUGCAAAAGUUUUUGAUCGCUACUUCGAUUUACCACUUGCAUACGACUCAAAUGCCCAAGAGCAGAAGAUCAAGGUCUUUUGUAGACACUUAGUCCCAAUAAGCAAGGUCAGUGAAAUGAAGCGACUGCCAUUCCUGGUCUAUCUUCAGGGUGGACCUGGCUUUUCAUGCGCGUUCCCCAAGAUAUCCGGUUGGAUAAAGGUAGCUUUUGAUAACGGUUAUCAGGUGUUGCUACUGGAUCAGCGUGGAACUGGCUUAUCAUCCGCAAUAUCGGCAGACUCUCUUGCACAUCUAUCCGACCAAGGGAAGGCUGACUACCUCAAAUGCUUUAGGGCUGACAGUAUCGUACGAGAUUGUGAGUCCAUUAGGAAGCUUUUGACGUGGGAUCGCUCAGAGGAACAUGAAUCUAGAAUAACCUUACUUGGCCAGAGCUUUGGUGGAUUUUGCAUAACGACGUACCUAAGCUUAUUCCCCAAGUCUGUCAAGGCAGCUUAUAUUACAGGAGGUGUGCCUCCACUAGUUUCAACUCCAGAUAAAGUCUAUGAAAAAACAUUUGCACGUAUUCUCAAGCGAAACGAUGUAUACUAUGGAAAGUACCCGGCCGAUGUUCAAAGAGUACAAAAUAUCAUCAAAUACUUGAACAACAAUGAAAUUAAGCUUCCAAAUGGUGGCUUCCUAUCAUCAAGAAGAUUUCUUCAGCUUGGUCUUGCUUUUGGUGGAUCGGGUGGUUACGACACUGUUCACGAAAUAGUACUGCAUGCUGCACAAGAUCUUGAACUCCUGGGCAAACUCAGCUACAGUACCCUUAACAGUGUACAAACUCAGCAAGGUUUCGACACGAAUGUCAUUUAUGCCAUUUUGCAUGAAUCUAUCUAUUGUCAAGGCAUGGCCAGUAACUGGAGUGCUGAGCGUGUCCGUAUGUCGAGCCAGUAUCUAAAGGAUUUUGACUGGUCUGGUAACACCCGGGUCAAUUUUACAGGUGAAACAGUUCAUCCAUUCAUGUUUGAUGACUAUUCAGAACUUGUUCCUUUAAAGGAAGCUGCAGAUAUCUUGGCAAAAUAUGAGGAUUGGGGCCCUCUUUACGAUGUAGAGACUCUCAAGAACAAUACUGUACCUGUGGCCGGUGUAUCAUAUUUCGAUGACAUGUACGUCGACCUGGAUCUCUCGAUUGAAACGGCUAACACAAUACAGGGAUUUCAACCGUGGAUAACAAAUGAAUUCGCUCACAAGUAUGUAUUUAGCUAUUGCACUUCGAUCAUAUCUUACAUAAUUAACUCAUAUAAUGGCUCACAGUGGCUUGCGAGAGGAUCCCGAGCGUGUGUUCGGCUAUCUCAUCAAACUUGCCCAAGGUGAUCACGGAACAAACCGCU